CUACAACAGGCUCACACACCAACUUUAAAAGAAAUCUUAGAAAAUACAACCGUAAUCAUGGCAGGAACCCAGUCCAACAGUGAGGUGAUGCAUAUUGAGGAUCGUGACAUUAAACAUGUUUCCAAAGAGACAGUUGCAAAACUGAUUCAGCUCUCCCACGAGGCGAAGGAGCAAACCUACUGUCCUUACAGCAAAUUCAGAGUCGGGGCUGCGCUGCUCACCCUUGACAACAGUGUGCAUACAGGUUGUAAUGUGGAGAAUGCCUGUUACAAUCUGGGAAUGUGUGCUGAGAGGAACGUUAUUGCAAAGGCAGUGUCAGAAGGGCACCGACGUUUCAAGGCCAUUGCAAUUGCCAGUGACAUGAGUGACCAGUUCAUUUCCCCAUGUGGAGGCUGCAGGCAGUUCAUGAGAGAGUUUGGAUCAAACUGGGAUGUAUACUUGUCAAAGCCUGAUGGCUCGUAUAUGAAGAUGACUGUGGAAGAGCUUCUGCCAGUUUCCUUUGGCCCCAAAGACCUGACCAAGAAGAAAGUGUCUUACAUUCCUAAUAACAACUGAGCCAGUCUUCUAGUACGAAAACACACGAGUGUCCGUGACACGCAGCGUACUUCAAGCACAUGCUGAUCAUGCAUUGAUGUAAUGUAGCAGAAGUUAUAUUUAUGGUCAAUAUUUGUUCUUGUAUUAUUUGUCGAAAUGUAAACAA